CUGUGGAAUUGUGAUUUCAUACUUUUGUCCAUAGAAACAAUAUAAAACUCAACUAUUAAAAUGAAAAGGCAAAAUCAGAGCUCUGUAGUUGAAUUCAUCCUCCUGGGCCUUUCCAAUUUCCCUGAACUCCAAGGGCAGCUCUUUGAAAUUUUCUUGGUUAUUUACUUGGUGACCCUGAUGGGAAAUGCCAUCAUUAUAGUCGUCAUCUCCCUGGACAAGAGUCUCCAUGUUCCCAUGUACCUGUUCCUCCUGAACUUAUCUGUGGUGGAAGUGAGUUUCAGUGCAGUCAUCUUGCCUGAAAUGCUGGUGGUCCUCUCCACGGAAAAAACUGUGAUGUCUUUUGUGAGCUGUUUUGCACAGAUGUAUUUCAUUCUUCUUUUUGGUGGGACGGAAUGUUUUCUCCUGGGAGCAAUGGCUUAUGACCGAUUUGCUGCAAUUUGCCAUCCUCUGAAUUACCCAGUGAUUAUGAACAGAAGAGUUUUCAUGACAUUAGUAAUAUUCUCAUGGGUCUCAGGGAUCAUGGUGGCUACUGUGCAGACCACAUGGGUAUUUAGUUUUCCUUUCUGUGGUCCCAAUGAAAUUAAUCAUCUCUUUUGUGAGACUCCUCCAGUUCUAGACCUUGCAUGUGCAGACACAUUUUUGUUUGAAAUAUAUGCCUUCACAGGCACCAUUUUGAUUGUAAUGGUCCCUUUCUUGUUGAUACUCUUGUCUUACAUUAGAAUUCUUUUGACCAUCUUGAAGAUGCCAUCAACCACUGGGAGGCAAAAGGCCUUUUCCACUUGUGCCUCUCAUCUCACAUCUGUGACCCUCUUCUAUGGCACAGCCAGCAUGACUUAUUUGCAACCUAAAUCUGGCUACUCUCCAGAAACCAAGAAACUGAUGUCAUUAGCUUAUACUUUGCUUACUCCUCUGUUGAAUCCACUUAUCUACAGUUUGCGAAAUAGUGAGAUGAAAAGGGCAUUGAUGAAAUUAUGGCAAAAGAAAGUGUUUUUACAUACAGUCUGACUGUGUUGA